CGAGUGCAGUGUUCGCUGGCUGGUGACGGGGCUGGCGCCCGGAGAUAUAUCGCUCGAGCCUCCGACGUUGCCUGUGUUUGAAUGAACGCUCGACCGCAGCAGCAUCGUCAGUCAGUCAUUUCUGCGAGGAAAAAGCUCCGAAGAUCCGCCACUCGUCUUUCGAUUUCUGCUCUGCGUCUUCUCUCUCGUCAAGGAGAUCGGAUCCGUUCAGCGCCAUGGCUGAGAAGAGCUACAAGUACAUCAUCCUCGGUGGAGGCGUAGCCGCUGGAUAUGCCGCGCGCGAAUUUGUUCAACAAGGUUUGCAGGCUGGAGAGUUGGCGAUUAUUAGCAAAGAACCGGCUGCGCCAUAUGAACGACCAGCUCUGAGUAAAGCCUAUCUAUUCCCGGAAUCUCCUGCUAGGCUACCUGGAUUUCACACGUGCGUCGGGAGUGGUGGCGAGAGGCAAACUCCACAAUGGUAUAGUGAGAAAGGAAUCGACCUUGUUCUUGAUACGGAGGUGGUAGAAGCAAGUGUUGCGCAGAAGAGUUUGAAAACUGCUUCUGGGGAUCUAUACAAGUAUGGAGCAUUGAUCAUCGCUACUGGUGCCACGUUCAUCAAGCUCUCUGAUUUUGGAACUCCAGGAGCGGAUGCUAAAGGCAUCUAUCAUUUGAGAGAGGUCGAGGAUGCUACUGCUCUUUACGAGGCUAUCAAGGCAAAUCCAAAUGGAAAUGCUGUGUGUGUAGGAGGUGGAUACAUCGGCUUGGAACUCGCUGCAGUUUUGAACAUGAACAAGAUGAAAGUUACAAUGGUGUAUCCAGAACCAUUUUGCAUGCCUCGCCUUUUCGUCAGUGAGAUUGCAGCUUUCUAUGAAGGAUAUUAUAAAGAGAAGGGAAUCGAGAUUGUGAAGGGAACUGUCGCUUCAGGAUUCGAGAGCAAUGAGCACGGAGAGGUGAAAGUGGUGAAGCUGAAGGAUGGACGUGAAUUGCCAGCAGACAUUGUCAUCGUGGGUGUCGGUGCUAGACCCAACAUCGGGCUAUUCAAAGAUCAGUUGACUGUGGAAAAGGGCGGCUUCAAGGUUGAUGGCUUCUUCAAGACAAGUGCUGAAAAUGUAUAUGCCGUGGGAGAUGUGGCUACCUUUCCUUUGAAGCUAUACAACGAAUUGAGAAGAGUUGAGCAUGUCGACCAUGCUCGAAAAUCUGCAAUUCAGGCCGUUCAGACCAUCAAAGCAGCGGAAGCAGGAACUUCAGUUGAAGAAUACGACUAUCUUCCUUACUUCUAUUCGAGGGCUUUCAGCUUGUCAUGGCAAUUUUAUGGAGACAAUGUUGGGGAUGCUGUCGUGUGGGGUGCGAAAGGAGCCGACAAAGUUAAUGCAAAGUUUGGCGCUUACUGGGUCAAAGAUGGUAAAGUGAUGGGCGCAUUCCUAGAAGGUGGAUCUGCUGAUGAGAAUAAAGCUCUUGCGACGGCCGCUAGAAACCAAGUACCAGUAAGCACCAUUAAGGAGCUUUCUAACUUAUAGGAGAAAUAUCAUACUUCGUUGGUAUGAAGAUGUCAGUAGUCCUAUUUUGCCUCGGAUAAACUGUUGUCUUUUAGGAAUUUGAAGUUUUCAUUACCAUGUAACAAAUACAUCAGAAUUUUACUUUUCAGUGUAUAUUGUGCAAAUUUGGUC